AAAAAUCACUCAAUCGAUUAAAUAAAAAAAAAUUUUAUUUGUAAUACCUUUACUCAGAUUACUUACUGGAUUUGAGGGUUUUUCUAUUAUAAAUUAAGUUAAUUAAAAUUUAUUCUACAUUACAUUUUAGGCUGUAUGUGUAAUAAUAUGGGUAAAGUAGAAAGUGUUACUAAAACUCAGUCAGGUUCAUUAUGGGAUUUCAUUCGUGUAGAAUUCUCUCGUGGUUAUUCAUUGGAACAUGAUGAAAAGGAAUAUUCUGAUAGAAGGGAGAAAGUUUAUACAUUUAUGAAAAUACCAUUGGAAGUAGAACGGUUUAUGUUUUAUGGAUUUUGUCAAUGUGCUGAUUCUUUUCUGUUUGUUUAUACAUUCCUACCACUUCGAGCUUUGGUGGCAUUAAAAUCAUUUAUAUGUCGUUCAAUACUAAAAUUCAGAGAUAAACACAAAAAAAAGCGAUUAACAUCAGCAGAAGUAUGUGAUCUUUUAAAGAUGGCUAUAAUUAUAACAUGCACUUUGAUUUUAAUGCCUUGGGAUACAUCUAUGAUGUAUCAUGUUAUUAAAAGUCAAUCAGUAAUUAAACUCUACAUCUUCUAUAAUAUGUUGGAGGUUGGAGACAGAUUAUUUUCAUCUUUUGGUCAAGAUAUCUUAGAUGCAUUAUUUUGGACAGCAACAGAACCAAAGCAUAGCCGUCGUGAACAUUUUGGUGUUCUACCACAUUAUGUUAUUGCUGUGAUUUAUGUCAUUUUGCAUAGUAUACUUGUAUUGUGCCAAGCUACAACUCUUAAUGUUGCAAUAAAUUCUAGUCACAAAGCAUUACUUGCUAUUAUGAUGUCCAACAAUUUUGUAGAACUUAAAGGCAGUGUAUUUAAAAAGUUUGAUAAGACAAAUUUAUUUCAAUUAUCAUGUAGUGAUGUUCGUGAACGUUUUCAUUUAUUUUUGUUACUACUAGUUGUUGUUGUACAAACAAUGAAAGAGUACCAAUGGACUAGUGAAUACUUUUGGGAGUUGAUGCUUGAUUGUACAUAUGUUUUAGUAGCAGAAAUGUUGAUUGAUUGGACAAAACAUGCAUUUAUAACAAGAUUCAAUGAAAUUAAUUUGUCGGUAUAUGGAGACUAUGUACUUAGUUUUGCAUAUGAUACUGCCCAAUCUCGCCACCAUAAAGCUUUUACAGACCAUUCAGAUUUAGUGGCAAGAAGGAUGGGUUUUAUACCAAUUCCACUAGGUGUUGUUAUGAUAAAGGUUUUAACACGUUGUAUUUCUAUUGAUGGUCGUCUUGCAUCUAUAUUGUUAUUAUUAUUUACGUUUAUAUGUUUGAUCACAUUAAAAAUUGUCAAUUUAAUAUACAUAUUAGGUAGAGCUUGUAAACUAAUAGACUUUCAUAAAACGUUUUUAAUAAAAAAUGUUCAUAUAAAAAAUGGUGUGAGCUGUCAAGAUAUGGCAACUAGUCCAAUGAAACCUCAGUUAUUUAAAAGAAAGUUUUGGAAUGAAAAUAAAGAAAAUAGACCUUCACCACUUAUUGAUGUGCCUCCAUUGGGUCCUAUACCAAUGUUUGCUAAUAGCAAUGUUGAUAUUAAAGAAGCUUGUUUAAAUACUGAAGUGCUUGAAGACAUUAUGGAAACCGAUUUAAUAUACAGUGAUCCAGAUCUCAAUAAAUCUUUGCUACGUGACAUAGAUACAAUGAGUACAAAAUCGGCAUAAUAAAUAUUAGU